AUGGAUACAGCAACAAUUUUAGCAAACAUAGCUAAGGCACAGAAUAUUCUGAAACUGCUGACAUUUCUUCAGCUGACAACAUAUCUAUGGCCACCAGAGGUCACUGUACAAGAUGGAUCUUAUGCUGAUUUCAUAAUCGUUGGUGGUGGUACCGCUGGAAGUUUGAUCGCAAGUUAUUUGGUUAAACAAAAGAACAUCAGCGUUAUUGUCAUCGAAGCCGGUGGUAUGGGCGAAUUUGAAACUACGCAACCAGGCCUAUUUCCACUACUGAAGAACUCAAAAUUCGAUUGGAAUUUCACAACAUCGUCUCACUCAACAUUACAACAGGGCAGGGUACUCGGUGGCUCCUCUCAAGUAGACUACAUGAUCUAUGGCAUUGGAAACCCAGAGGACUAUAACAAAUGGGCCUCUCUAACCAAUGACAGCUCCUGGACCAUGAAAAACCUCUGCCCACUCAUCAAAAGAACGGAAAAGGUCACUGACCCAACAAUUCUUAACUCACCUGAUGUCUUCUUCCAUGGUACUGAAGGCAAAAUGCGUAUUAAGAAAUACCAUAAGAGCUUGAACGAUGGAUUCUUCCAAGCAUACAGGGAAAUGGGACACAAAGUUCUGAACGAUAUCAAUGCAAUGAACCCACUAGGGUAUACCAAUACUUACUUCACUAUUGGUCAGGGUAUCAGACAAAGUACUGCCUACGCAUUUCUAAGUCCCGAAAGGGAUAACCCGAAUUUGAAAGUCAUGUACAACUCUGUAGCUACGAAAAUUAUUUUUGAUGGAAACAAACGCGCUGUAGCAGUACAAGUUCUUACACACGAUAAGAAGAAAAUAACAAUUCAUGCAAGAAGAGAAAUCAUUAUUUCUGCCGGAGCUAUUAAGUCCCCUCAAUUGCUUAUGCUUUCUGGUAUUGGACCUAAACAACAUUUAGAGAGCAAGAAAAUCAAAGUCAUUUCCAAUCUGCCAGUUGGACAAAAUUUCCAAGAUAAUCCCACCAAUGUUAUGGUGUACGAAAUGGGUAUAGCAGAUUCUGUACUCCCAAUUAAUCCCCAUGAGUUCCCCGUAGCUGUAAUGGAAGGUCGCAUAGCCAUGCACGAAUGUCAAAAACGUGCAGACUACCAAAUCCUUAGUGGGUUAAUCGUCGAUCCAAGAUUCUUUUUACAAGUCUGCAGUUCUGUAUUUAGCUUCAAAAAUUCUAUAUGUGACAACUUUAAUAAGGCCCUUUCUGGUAGACAGGUGCAUUUUGUUACUCAUCAUCUUUUGUAUGCUGAAUCUCGUGGAGAAGUUCUUCUUAAUACUACCAAUCCUGAAGAUAAGCCAAUAAUCAUCCCUAAUUAUUAUUCUAACCCUAGAGAUAUUGAGCGUCAUGCUAAAUACUUGAAACAUUACAACAGGAUAGUAGACACUACAUAUUAUAAGAGCCUUGAUGCAGAAUUUGUGGAUCCUCAGUUAGAAUCUUGCAAGGGUCUGAAGCCAGGAACUGAUAGUUACUGGAAAUGCUAUGUCCUGGGAAUGGCUACAACAUUACAUAAUUACGUAGGUACUUGUGCAAUGGGAUCUGUGGUAGAUUCGAAGCUGAGGGUUUUAGGAGUGAAGAAUUUGAGGGUAGCUGAUGCCAGUGUAAUGCCAGAAAUAGUGGGUGCGACCGUUCAAGGAACUGUUUCUAUCAUCGCUCAGAAGCUUGUGGAUAUUUUGUUUGAAGAAUAUCGUUUUAGUUCGUAUUAA